UGUAUUUGUUCCGUGUUAAUUUAACCAAAAAAUUUGGCAAAUUGGUGGGGACCACUCCUCCAAAAACCAGGUAUAAAAGCGAAAACAUCUUCAAAGUCACACACAUCGCCCCAAAAUUAAACCGAGCAACAAUGGUGUUUAAACUUGUCGUUUUGGCUGCUUUUGUGGCCGUAGCAAAAGCUGGAGUGCCUUUCGGUUAUUCAGCCCCGGUGGCACACGUAGCCGCUCCCGUCGCCUACGCCGCCCCCAUACCCAGAACCAUCAUCGCCGAACCCUCAGCUCCGGCCCAUUACGACUUUGGAUACGCCGUAAACGACCCUUUGACUGGAGACAGCAAAAGCCAACACGAGAUCCGACGUGGCGACGUCGUCCAAGGAAGUUACUCCUUGGUCGAUCCUGACGGUACCAAGCGUACCGUGAACUACGCCGCUGAUCCCCAUAACGGCUUUAACGCUGUAGUCCACAAGGAACCUCUCGCUGUUGCUCCUAUAGCCCCAGUGGCUAGGAUCGCCGCCCCAGUCCAUGCAUACGCAGCUCCGGCUUUGCAUCACGCCUCAUACUAUUAAAAAUGAUUUGUUGAUAGACAAAUUAUUACUAAUUUUGUUUUUUGUAAUAUCAAAAAGUGAAAUAAAUUUUUUUCAUUUGUUUUGAA